AUGUCGCUCGGCGACCUUAUUCAAGAUGCUGCUGCGUGGGUAACGGAGGAAAUACGCAAAUCUUUAGAUGACUUCAAUGAAGAGAAUACACCUGGGGGGCCCUCAGCCUCUUACUCUCCAACCUAUCAGCAAAACCGCAGAGUGCAGAGACCCGUAACAAAGGCUGUCAAUCUAGAGGCGCUGCUCAACUGGCAAGAGGCUAAGCUGGAGCUAGAAGACGGAAGCGAAAGAAGAUCACAGAGCCCAACUGCGUAUACACCAGAGGCAUCAACAGCAACGCACACUCCUACAGGGGCUAGCGGUCUGCAUGCAUGCAUAAAGAGCGAAGAGAAGCCUUUAAUUGCAUUUCCUGUUGAUUUAAAUGUUAAUAAACGUAUUUAUAUCUUUGAAGGAGAUAUAUGCGCUCUAAGAACAGAUUGCAUAAUGUGCUUCACCACCGACGGCUUUACGGGUUCUGAUGAAUUUUCUCGUCGACUUCUCUCGAGUAAGCUGAAGGAAAAUGCAUUUAAAUGGCUUUAA